AUGGCCGCCAAUGGUUCUGGCGCGUCGCCGCCUCUGCUACCAUCGUUCCCGUCUCUCCGCGAGGCCGCUCCCACGCCGAUCGCCCAGCUCGAACCCAACCUGGCGGAUCAGCCCGGCCGUGUCGUCUCUGGCCAGGUCACCAUCGUGUGGCCGUACAACUCCGUCAAGCAGUCGCUAGCCUUCCUCCUGGCUGAGUCCGAUGUGCGGCUGCGUCGCUCUCGCGGCCAGGUGCGCGUCUUGCUGGACGGUCCCAGCGCGGCCGCCGUUGCCCAGAGCGGCCUGGGCGGCGGUGAUGAGGUGCUGAUGAGCCUCGACGGCGUCAGCUGGUCGCGAGACGAGUCGGCAACGGGACCUCCUGGAUCACGUGUCGAGUGGCAGCUGGAGUACGGCCUUAAACUGCGGCUUGAGGCCAGAGUCGGCGAGGCACAGGAGCUGCACAGCAUCCACAUCGAUCAGCCGCCAGCUGCUCAUCACGACGACAACAGCAACCAGAACCACGACAAUGUCCCGAAAGAAGUCGACGAGCACUCGACUGCACCGCUAUCAUCAACCUCCACACCUCCACCACCACCACAGUCAUCAUUGCGGCCUGCCCGCACGCUCCUCAGCAAAAGCGACUACCCCGAAGAAUACGCGUCGCCGGCCUUCAUCAAGCGUGCACGCAUCUCCUUUGGCUCGCUGUUCGAACCCGGCUUCGACAUCUUCGAGGAUGAUGGAAGUGUGCGAGGCCGGGGUCGUAAGCGCACACGCUUUGGUCGGGCCAGCAAUGCCUGGCGGUACAGCAGUCAGUCUGUAAGCCCGGAGCGCGAGAACGGGCUGCCGCCUGGCGAGCAAACGGAGGCGCCUUCUGCCGUGCCAGAGAGUCUGGCAGGACCACUGUCAUCAAGUCCGACGCUCCUAACAAAUGAGCCCGUUCGGGCUACCGAUGCGGUCAUGGAAGACGGCCAGUCGUGCGUUGGUGUCUCUGUUGCCAUCGCUGCUAUUCCUAUCGACUCCGCUGUCGACCAGACGAGCGCACCGGCCGCUCUGCCGUCUGAUUGCGAAACGACGUCAAAGCAGCCCGGCAUGUUCUCGAACGCGCUCUUCGGUGCCCCAGUGCCAUCGAUCAGUGGCGCGUUGUUUGCGGCUCCGCUGCCGCCAACCGCGAACCCACCUGGUGCGGAUGCCAUGGGCUUUGUGCCUGACGACGCCUUGUUUGACAGCCAGGUACGGUUUGGGUUUGGACACAAUCAUCCUCAGAAUCCCGUCGCGGCACCGUUCGUGCCCCAGUAUCAUUACCCAGAACCUCCGUCUGGUCAGCUGGAGAGUACGAUGACACCGACGUUUCCACCAGACAGCAUGAUAGCAGAGAUGGCCGAGGCCCACCAGUAUGGUCUGGAGGAACUGCCAGCGCACCCCCUGCCAUCCAUGACUCCGGUGCAAGCGGUAUGGCCCAUCGCAUCCGAGUCAAUGGACGCGCGGCAUGUGGAAGACCACAUUGUUGCCAAGCCAGUACCAGAGCAGCGUGCAUCUCCGCCUGGUGAAAACGUUGAGCAAAACGACGAGACGACCGAUCUUCCCCGUGAUGUAGACACGUACGGAUACAACGACAGACGAUACCAAAAUCAAGCGGAAGAGCGCAUGGUCGGCAUGGUGGAUUCUGGCGAGGCAGCUAGCACUCCAGUGGAAGAAGUGGAGCCUGACGUUGAUGACGAAGAAGCUGAAGGGGAAGAGGAGAUCGGAAAGGGGGCGGACGAUGUUGGUGCUUCGGAUGAAAGUGCCGGGAUCGACGAUGCGGGUGAUGACUACGACAUGCGGAAUUAUGUUGAUGUAGACGACGAUGUCGAAGGCAACGCGCUGCCAGAUGAGAGAAGAGCGGCAACCUUUGGCGGAGAAGCAGACGAUGAAGAGGAGGGAGGGGGCGAUGAGGAAUACGAAGGGGACGAUGCUGCCUUUGAGAACGGGUCACAAGAAGACGCGGAAGGCUACGACGAAGAGGAGGGGUUUGCAAGUCAGGAGUACGACGAAGACGAAGAGGACGAGGAAGAGGGAUACGAAGAAGACGAGGAUGCCGACAAGGGACAGUCCAUUGCGCAGCAUCAAGAAUUCUACCGCACGCAAAUGCAGCCGCAGCAGCCAGUUGUUAUUGACCUCCUGUCUGACUCGGAUGACGACGAGCCGCCACCUCCUCCCCGAGCACAGCUGACACCGCCUACGACGAGCAAGCCGGUUGUGCUGGCUUCUCGGGGGACUCAGGCCAUAUCGGAUGUUGAGGGCGAGGGCGAGGAAGAGGGGGGUUUUGAGGGUUCCGAGGUCGAUGGUGAUGUAGAUGACGAGGAUGUAGGCGAGAGUGAGAUGGAGGAGGACGGAGAAGACGACGAGGAAGAGUAUGACUCUGAAGGCCUUUCUGGAGACGACGACGGUGGUGAAGAGGGGGCCUUGCCAGAGGAGAAAGAACAAGAGGACGAUAGGGAGAGUCUGGAGGCAAAACUUGAGGCAGAACUUGAGGCAGAGCUGGAGGCUGAGCUGGAAGCGGAGCUGGCAGCAGAGCCAAACAGCGAGGAGAAGGAGGAGCCGACAGAGAUGCAGAAAGCUGAGCCGAGAGAGAAGCAAGUCGAGCCAACGCUGGAACAAGCAGCCGAACAAGUAGCCGAGCCGGCGACCAACGCGGCGACAGAACUGGCGACAGAUCUGGCGACUGAACCGACGAUUGAACCGAUGAUCAAAUCGGCGACAGAAUCAGCAGUUGAACCGACGGCCGAAUCGACGACAGAACCGGCAAAACCAGCAGAACCAGCAGAACCGCCAGCAGAAACGGAGCCGACUGAAACGAAGAAGCCAAUGCCAAUCCCAGCGGCUGCUCAAGAGGAAACAGAGCCGACGUCUGCACAGCCAGCUUCGCCACCUCCGACGCAGUUAUUCGCGUCCCAAGAUUUUGGUGUCGACAGGACUGCCAUUCUGUCGUCGCCUCCUCUAGCCUCGCAAGCCACAGACGCAGGCCCGGAAGUAGAAGCAUCACGAUCAGAAGAGUCGUCACAAGCAGCAGAGCCAACCCAAUUGGCGGAAGAACAACUCCCGACGCCGCUGGAUACGCAAGAAAUCGACAAUGCUCAGGCAGAAAUCCGGCUGCCGACAUUUACCGUGUCCUCGCCAUCAGCCAUGGACGAAGACACCCAGAUCCAGAGCCAGCUGCUUUCGGAGAUGGCCAUGAGUUUUGAAUACGAGGACCACAAUGUGACCGACACAGACAUGGUGAGCGUGGCCAGCGAAGUGGUGCACGAUGUCGACAUGGACGGAGAGCGGCAAGACGACUCAGAGCCAGAGGAUGACAUGAUUGUUGAGGAAGUGACCUCGACGGCAGCAGCGGUAGCCGUCCAGACGAGCGAUGACGAUGCCAUGGACAUGGAUGCAGCGGACGUGGAUAUGGAGAGCACGACAUCGGAAGAUGCGAUCGUGGUGCUGGAGAAUCCUGUUGACGAAGACGUCCCUGACAAGGACAUGGGAGCCCAGUCACAGCUCGAGUUGGAAUCUGGCGUCGAGUUGGUCGAGUCUGUGGUUUUGGUAGCUGCUGACAAAGCACCUGUAACCGAAACGGAGCCGCCAUCAACUCCAGUCCGGCUCAUGCAUGCUGGUGAGGAGGAAGAGAGCACGACGGCAAGCCAGACGGAGCUCAGCCAAGCGGGGCGGCAUAAGAUGUCGCUGCGAUCGAGUGGUGGCCGGUCGACGGCCCCGAGCAGCAGUCCACGAGCGACGGCCGAGGCAGACACAGUGAUUGUGGCAGCGGUAGCGACUGCUGGACUGGCGGGAGACGAUGGCCAUGCGAGCAUUCUUCUGGCGAAGGCGUCGACUCAGCGGAGCAGCAGACAAAAGCCGGAAGAGGAGGUAGAAGAGGACAAGGUGGUGGAUGCAGCAGUGAAGGAAAUGAAAACGGACGCGGAUCAAGAGGUCAAGGCUCCCUCGAGCCUGACAGAUGUCGAUGAGACCGACGUCAGCGUGAUGCUGGCGCGGACGGCGACGAGCACGCAUGCAAGCAGGCCGCGUGGUGGCAAGGCACUGCUCGAGACGUGUCAAGCACAGGUGCCCGACUGCGUGUCGCUGCACAGACUGCGGCUCCAUCUGGCGCAGCUGGUCGACGUGGCCGUGGUGGCGGUGGAAGCAUCGCCGGCGGCUGAGCGGACCAAGACGCGGCAGUUUGCCAUGACCUUUACGGUGACUGAUCCGACGGUGGUCGAGCGAGGUGAAGACGGAAAUGAGGAGAAAGAAGCGAAUGUCGUCGAAGUGCAUCUCUUCCGGGCCCACAAGAGUUCACUGCCGACAUUCCGUGCCGGCGACGGACUGCUGCUGCGCCGGUUUGCCGUCGUGGCGCUGGCCGGCAAGGGUUUCGGGCUGCUGUCGGGCGACGAGUCGGCGUAUGCCGUGUUUGCAGAUGGCAGCGAGGAGGCCGUCCAGGUCAACGGUCCGCCAGUCGAGGACGUUGAUCGCGAGGCAGCGUAUCUCGAGGAGCUGCGGCUGUGGUUCGCGCAGCUGGACGACAGCAAGCGUGCACCGAUCGUCGCAGCCGGCGCCGCGUUUAGCGCACGGGGGAGGGAGCUGCAGGGCUGA